UAUAAUCAUUCACUAAUUACAGUCAAAUGACAGGCUCUGCCACGUCAAUCAAUAGAUGGUCCAAGGUUGCCCCUUAGAAAUGUCAGUUUACAUUCUAAAUAUUCCGUCUCCUGAAGUUUCCUUAAAAAAUGGAUUUUUUAGGUUUCUCCCCCCCCCUUUCUCCAUUAAAAAAAGGGGGGAUGAUAGGGGGUUGAGAAAACUAGAGAAGCCCAAGUGCACCGGCCUGAUGACGUUAAACAGAGACGGCCCUCCAGGCCGGUAAGGGAGCGAGCAUCUGCCUAACAUCAAGGCGCUCCCCAGUCUCCAGACUCAUCUGCACCUGCCCUGGAGCACCAGAAACUGCCGGCCGCGAAGUUCCAGCGUUAUUUGCCAUCGGUCUGAAAAGUAAUAAAUGACUGCAGGCUUGACAGCGACCUUGGUGGUUCCUGAAAAUUGACCAGAGGAAAUGUCACUCUCCUCUACCCUCCGGAGCCAUUCAUCAAAACAGGCCGAGUCACAGCGACAGGGCAGCCAGUGGCAGAAGGCCACUCAGAUAUAGGAAGAUUCUGCAUUUUUUUCAUGCCCGAACCGAGGAACCAAGGACCAGGAGCGCGGCCCACGCUAGAGAGAGGAGACCAGGGAGGCGGGCAGCGCCUAAAAUGUCCCCAAGUUCCAAACUCUGUCCUGGGAGGUUCAAAAUCGAGUGAAACCCGAGCCAAGCCGCUAACAACAGGGGGCCACCUCCACUGCCUGUCCCAGGAGUCGCACUUACAGGUGACGAGCAAGGGUCGUGCCUAGGCCGCCCCGCCCGGGCCCCUAACUGGCGAACGGAGUAGCAGCGCCUUUGCGCCUGGCUCAGCUGCCAGCCUCCUUCCCUUUUCCCCUCUAAAGAGGCAAGGGGGUGAGGGCGCCCAAUGCCCCAAGACCUGGGGCCAAAGAGGGAUGCCGGCGUGUCCCGGGGAGGAGACCGAGUUGCAUCCUGCAGCCCUGGAAACUUGCAAAGGCUUCCGGAACCGACCCCCCAGGCCGUGGCACCGGGAGCGGCCGAGCGCCACGACUGGCCGCGGCGGGCAGCGCUCGGGGACGAGCCCGGCGGACCAGGCGGAAAGGAAGUGGCGGCCGCGGCUUUGCACCAACCACGUUCGGCCGGCGGGCGAGUGCCCCACGGCGCCCAGAGCGGGGUCGGAGGGCGUGGGGCGGGCAGUCAUGUCCCCAGCCCGCCGCGGCCCCAGGUCCCCCAGGAGACGCGGGCCCCCAAGCGUGCCAGCAGGGCACCGCUCGGUCCCCGGAGGCUCCCCGCCCCCACCUCGCCCGCUCCGUAGUCGAGGCGGGUCAGGCCCAGCGCGCGAGGCCGGCUCGGGGCGCCCGUGGGGACCCGGAGGCGCCUGGCGCUAGGCCGCGGCCAGGGCAGAUGACCCUUAGGCGCGGCGCACCCCCGGGACGCGCCUCCAGAGCCCCCCACGCGCCCGGACAAGUGCAGUGACAAAGCCCCCGGCCAGGCCGGGCGCUGGCCGACGGGAAGGAGGACGCGACGUCCCUCCCGAGCGGCGGCGGCGGCAGCGGCCCAGCCCCGCGGAAGCCGGGCGCGCCGGCCAGGCCCGGCGCCCAGUCCGGCUCCGAGCCCGCGCGCCCGGGACCCUUCCCCCGAUCCCGGCGGGCGGGCGCCCCAUCAAGUUUCCUCCGGCCCCGGCGGGCGGCGCCUCUCCCAGCCCCGCGCAGGGCAGCCGGGCGGACGGUGGCUGCCUGCUUAUUUACGCCGGAGGCUGCCUGCACAGGCGCAGCCACCGGGCACGGGGCAGGACCCGCUUCCCCGCCUUCGGAUCUGGGGGCGACGGCGUCUGUGCACACACACACACUCGCACACGAUCAAUGUGUUGUAAAAGGAGGCCCGACUCCAGCGGACCUGCACCCCCACACACCGCACCUGGGGCGCGCAGUCACACUGAGCAGGUCAGUGUCCAUGGAGCCACCUCUCCGCAUCUGCAAAUCCAAAAGUGAAAUUAAACCUCCACCGACCUCCUCCUCCUCCUCCUCCCUCUCUACCUCCUCCUCUUCCUUGCAGCCUCAGCAGACCCAGCAGCAGCAGCAGCAGCAGCUACACCAGCAGAACCUGCUUCCCCUAAAAUCAGAUGAUCCUGAACCGCGCGGACUGUUCCUCCAAAAAUCGGUAUUAAUAUUUAUGAGCCCCAGCAUUCUCCGUCUGCAAAACAUCAUGUCAGACCAUCUGGACACACACACACACACACACACACACACAUCCCCUCCGGUCCUCAUAAACAUGCCCUCACGAAAAACACACUCGCGCAGUCACAACUAUUAUUGGAAAAAAAAAUGUUACCUCUCGAGUGUGCUUUUUCACGCUACCAGUGCAAUUCCGCAAGAUUUAAGUGUUGCUAGGGUGUGUGAAAUGGAAAUGAAAGCCCGUCAGUUGAAUAAUCGCAGGAGCAAAACUAAAAGUUACUCCCCGGCUUGCCUGAGAACAGUCCAGAUCGAAAGCAAAACAAGGAGAGGAAACCGAGGAGCCGAGGCUGGAAAUCCCCCCGCCCCCCGCCCCGCUGCGCCCGCCUCCCUCCGCCCUUCCUCCCCCGUGUUUGUUUCGGGCUUGUGCAACCGCCAGGGGGGGCGGAGGGCGGCGCGCGGCGGCCGCGAGGUGCGGAAGUUCGCCGCCGCCGCUCAUUGGCAGGCCCGGCGGCUUUCAUCAUUUCUCGAAAAGUCUAUUUCAUUUUCACUUCCCCACGUCGCGGCAGCGGGAGCAACAAGCGGCUGCUCUUUCAUCAGGCUUCUCCCAAACUUCUCUACCCAGAGAACGUCCUUUCCCGGGAGGCCACAGCUAUCUAGAGGCUCCUCACUCACAGCAUGUGAAGGUCGUGGCUGACAUUGAGUGUGUCCUCUUUCCUAGACUGCCUGAUGUUUGGGAGUUUGCCAACCAGAAAGACGGAAGAGUGUCAUAAAACAACAAAAAAAAAACCUGAGAGUAUUUUUAAAUUCCCUCACUUCCUGGAAAAACUAUGUCUCCUCAAAAUCCCAAAUGUGUGUAACAGUCGACGUGCACUAUUGGUGCCACCUCCUAGGUCUGGCUCCAACUCCCGGGAGCACUGCUCCUCCAGGGCCACACCCAGAGCUGCGGUGAGGGGUCAGGCCAGGACACGCCCCGUGCUCCCGGGGCAUGGUGACGUCGGCAGACAGACAGGCAAGCCAACCAAUGAAAUAGCCACAGAUUUCCAUUUGGGUUGAGCUUUGGUAGAAAACCCUGGCAGGUCUAGAUGGUCAGGGAACCACUGACGAAAUGACUUGUAAGCUAAGACUUGACAAAUGAGAGGACAUUGUUUAUUAGUUUCCGAGGGCGGCCCUGACAAAGUACCACAAUUUAUUGUCUGACGGUUACAGAGGCUGGAAGCCCAAACUCCGGGUGUCUGUGGGGUUGGUUCAUCCUGAGGGCAGGCAGGGAGGGCUCUGUUCAUGCCUCCAAGCUGCUGGGCAUGUGCCGGCCAUCUCUGGCCUGCAGAAGCAUCCCCGCAAACUCUGCCUUCAUCUGCACGUGGUGUUCACCCUGGUUGUGGGUCUGUGUCUCAACUUGCCCUUUUCUAGAACACUCGUCACGUUGGGUUAGGGGCCCACCGCACUCCAGAGGAUCGCAUCCUAACUAAGUACAUCUGCAAAGACCUGGGGUCACAUCCUGGGGUACUGGGGGGUUGGGAGGGGACGCAGUUCAACCCGUAAGGGUCCCGGUUGUGCAACAGAAGCCCCGAGGCAAAGGAAGGAGGGGGACAAAGGCCCUAAGAAGCGAAAGGGCCUGGCAUGUUCUGGGACCUGGAGGAAAGUGAGUGUGACUUCAGAGCUGUGAGUGAGGGUCAGGGGGUUAGUGGGGGGUCAGUGAGGGUCAGAAGGGUCAGGGGACACUGGCAGAGGUCAGGUCAGAGAGUCUGGAGGUUAUUCUAAGAGCAAUGGGGAGAUGCUGCAGGGCAAUGGGAUUGUAAAAGUCUGUGCUCUGAAUUCCCCAGUUGUCUCCUUGCCAUCGAGGAAAUGCAAGGAUUUCUUGAUUUGUGGAUUUUCCAGAGGGAUGUGCAAGUCCUUGCACUGCCCUCUCUCGGUGGUGGCGUGAUGAGUUUGCUGAGGGAACAGCUUAGUCUGUUUAUAUUCCGUAUUCGAAUUCCUAAGUUAAAAUAUUUAUUUUCCUUUCCCUUUCUCUCUAAUUUUCAUCUCCACAAAUAAAGCAAAAUUGUACUUCAUUCUUUGUAACCCCCCAAAAAAGUUUUUUAGAAAAAACUAAAAAGUUUUUUAGAAAAAAUAGAAUGUGAGAGAUCUAUUCAGCCGUGGGCCCAAGACAUAUUUCCCUCGACUGUUGUGAGGGAACAGGAUGUAGUGUGAAGAAUGAACGUCAAGAUGCAAAGAAAUGUUCAUAUUAUGAUCUCCUUUCUGCAAAGACGAGAGUGAUCCCCUCAAAAUUGAAUUCGGGGGGUAAAGGUGUAUAUACAAAGCUGUUAAUCUUGAUUGCCUUAAGGCCAGGCAAGUUAUUAAUUUAUUUACUUAUCUUUGUAUCAAGGAAAAAUAAUUCUAAAACAAAAUAAAAAUUUGGAAAUACGGAGCACAUUAAAGAAAAAAGUUAAAACCACUUUGGCAUCUGUUUUCUGGGGGGGGGUGUUUGUUUGUGAGAUAACUGCCCUGGAUAAUUAAUUAUAACUAAGUUUUUCUUGACUGUCCCCCUUAUGUUUAUGUCACUUUAGGGCCUUCUGGCAAGAGUGCUUUAACCCAAAGUCACCCCACAGACCCACGAUGUAGACAUUGUAAACCAGGCAGGCAUUUCGGUCCUUGCGGAUCUGCCUAUUCUCCCCGUGGGCAAGGCCCACUUAGCCCUGCUGGCCACAUGGUAAAGAAGAGUGUCCCAGAGGGUAACCCUGUGGGUAUCCAGGGCCAGUGCUCUCUUGCCUGCAUGAGGUCUGCUCUCAUUAAGAGUUCUCUGCUUUAUGCUGAUAAUGUCUCCUCCAUCAUCUCGGCCAGCACACCUUCCUCCCAGGCCAGCUGGACGUGCCCACAGGAAGGAAGCUGGGCGGUCUGGCUCGCUGCACGCGCUUGAACAAAGUGCUGCGUCCAUCGCUGCUCAGCACUACUGGGAAGUCCAGGACGCCAGCACAGCGGCCCCAGGAGAGGUCGGUAACUCAGUCCAGUUCUCCUCCUACCCCUUCUGAAGAAUUACUCACCAGGAAGUAGGUGUCCAUUAUCAGCAUGACGCCUCCGUCAGUCAAGGCCAGAAGUAAACAAGUCCGGAUAGAACACAGUGAAGUGUAGCAAGGACUCAAAAAGGACAGGCCCUGCAGACCUCCCACAGGCAGUGGGGUCUGAGCUGCCCUUCAACAAAUAGGUAAAAUUAAAAAGAAACUAAAACUAGAUCUGUGCAUGUGUGUUUGUGCAACAGCCAGCUUUAAAGAGCCUCAACAGAUGCUUUCAGACUUUAAAACGCCCUCCCUCCCACAGAGAACACCCAUCUAACACACUCGUCUGGUCCUGCAGUAAAAGCAAAGGCCUGUGUUUGGGCCAAAGGGGUUUUGUUGAAUUAUACACUGUACUGUUGGCAUUAGGAAAAUAGUUCUUUAAUUAAAA